AUGAGUACAUUGUUACAUCCAUCCUUAAAGUACUUUCAUAUAGCACCGGAAAAAAAGACGAAAGCAUUUGAUUUAGUCAAGCAAGAAUUAUUAGCACGUGCAUUAACAUCAGAUUGUGUUGCUGGUACUGCUCCGAAAACAGUAACUAUUGAUACAUCAAUUAAAUGUAAUAAAACACCAACAAAACUUAUAUCAAUUCCAACACCAGUAAAUGAAUUGGAUGAUUACAUGGCAUUAGAUGAAGUAAUUAAUGAAACAGACGACGUUCUUUUAUUUUGGAAACGUCAUUCAAAAUCAUUUCCAAUAUUAUCUAUGAUCGCACGUGAUCUUUUUGCAAUUCCUGCUUCAAACACCAUCGUUGAAAGGUUAUUUUCUGCAUCGAAAAAUAUUGUUACUGAUCGAAGAACUAGUUUAGCUGAAGCAAAACUGAACAAAUUAUUAUUUCUUAAAAAAAUCUCAUCACAUUAA